AUGCUUGUCUUCCUGUCACCUCAAUUGGAAUCCCUAGCCUUCUGCCCACUAGGGUUGCAACAACCCUCCGAGAUCUAUCUAUUCGAAAACUUUCUCCGACGAUCCAUCAAUGACAAGCGCGAUGUGGCUGGCCUGAAAAAUCUCCGCUCAGUGAGAUUUCUCUCCGAUAUAGAUAAUACUGCGGAUGAUUGCACGCUCUACUGGGAUUAUGAUGUUCACGACUGCCUUAACCUCAUCCGGGAACUCCCCGCCAUUGAAUCCGCUCGUUUCGAGGCUAUCCAGCCAAACCGCAAUGUAGGAAUGUGGCCUCCACCACGUUCAGCCAACUACACGGAUAUCAUGCUCUACCAUUGUAUUAUGCAUUCGCCCGAGGAAUUGGAUAUCAUUAUCCAGUCAGCCAAGCGACUAAGGAAGUUCGCAUUUACGGUUGGUGGACGCUUCGAGCUGGACUAUGAUGUAUCACCAGUCAGUGCAAUACAUCUCUUGAAGUCGUUGCUCACCCACCAGCACACGUUGGAAGAGCUAGAUCUUGACAUCCAGGCGCAUGUGACCUUCCGUGAAAUGUUCGAUGAGGAUCGCGGCGCGUCUUGGGGCGGCCUAUAUGAGGAGGUAGACGAAGGGCUCCAGGAUUGGGUAGCUCAAAGGGAAAAAGUCCUUAUUGUGGAAUCAUUGGCUCCGGAGUGUGCGCUGAGGAGCUUUCCCAAUCUCAAGCAUCUUAGUAUCGGCACCCAUGUUCUCUACUGCUACGCUCGCGGUUUUGGUGCCGGUCGUCUGAAGGAACCUUUCUCACUCGUUGACAACCUCCCCCCACAUCUAGAAUCGCUACGCAUCUACGGCUAUGGCUUGCCGGGUGAAUACCCACACAAGUAUAAGGAAUCACUGGAUCUAGAUGUAGAGGCCCAGAUAGCAAACUUGUUGGAGCAAAAGGAUGCAAAAUUACCGUCUUUGAAAGUUAUUGAGGGUAUCGAUACACCUAUACCUCAUGGGCACACCGUGGAAGAUUGUGACGACGAGCACCUGUUAUGGCAGCGUGAGGACUACGAUUGGGGAGCCGGUUUUGAUAGCUAA